UAUUUAUUUCUGUUUUAUUGAAAAAAAAUAUAUAGGGAAUCGAUUAGUCAUAUAGAAAACUAAACGUCGAUGUCAUAAUUUGUGCGAAAGAUUGAGGGGGUGUAUGUACUUCUCCUCAUAGAAAUUAUAAUUAAUUACCGUGUGAGCGUAAUGUUGCAUUAAUUAGAAAUCUCUUACCAUGGCUGCAGCUAACGACGACGAGAUUCUCGAAGGUUUUCUCUGUCCAAUAUGUAAGGCAGACUUGAAAUCUGCAUCACAACUGACGAGCCACUUCGAGAGCUUACACUCUGAAGAACAGGAUGUGCUGCGGUCCUUGAAGGAGAUCUUUGGUAAAGCGAAGAAGAUUAUACUGAAUAAUGACGAUUCUGACUUGAAGGAGACGUUUGACCGUGCGUUAAAGUUUAGUUACCAAGAGCAUCGUUACUUGGACGAGGAGCAGAGUCUAGGUGUGUCCCGCAGUUCUACCGAUUACCUGAAAGGCGUGCGGUCAGCGCGAUUGGAGCGAUACGCUACGGAGACCAAUAAGCUGCUUAUUAGACUGGACAAACUUGUUUGUAACAUGCCUGCUGAACCACAUCAGAGGAAACUACAUGAACAGGAAGUAGUGCCAUGGUUAGACGGGUCAUCUGUGAAGCUGUGCCCUAACUGUGCGAAGGCCUUUAACUUGACACGGAGGAAGCACCACUGCAGACUCUGUGGCUCCAUCCUCUGCCAUGACUGCUCACUGUUCCUAGAUAUUAAUGUAGCUAGAUCAAUAGUAGACCCCUCCGUACCACAGACAUCAAGCCAGCCAGACCAUGAGAUCACAGAGAAGAACGGUCUCCGUCUGUGCGAGCACUGCUACAAUCUCAUAGAGUUGAGGAAGCAAGUGCAGGAGAGUAGGAACGCUAAGACUGUGCUGGUGACUGCGUAUGAGCAGAUGAGGAGCUUGAUGGACAAGGCUAGGCCAGAUGUCGCUAUGUAUGAAAAGAUGUGUCAAAGCCUCUUCGACGGUGAGACGACCUACAAUUUGACUGACGUGAACAAGAUGCGCGGGCGCAUCGGCAAGCUGGCCGAGGGCAUUGACUUGCUGAGCAAGCAGAUAGUCACGUUCCCUGCCGAACCUGGCACGAGGCAGGCGAGGCUGCAGAAUGCUAUCAGACAAGCCGCUGCACAUUAUAUCAAGGAGGAUCUACUGUCCCUAAGAAAAUUGCCAACAGAGGCCCAAAUAGAAGAAGUUCGGAGACAGAGGUACGAGCGAGCUGAAAAACAGAUACAAAUGGAGAGAGAGAGAAUGGAGAAACAGAGAGAUAGGUUGGAAGACAUGGCUGGACCUAGCGCAGCCAGGGUUGAGAGCAACCGGGAUGAUGACGAUAACCCCUUGUUAGAACAGAUGAACAUCAUCAGAGAUUAUAUCAAGGAGGCUCGAAGGGAACUCAAGUUUGAAGAGGUUGCGAUCUUAGAGACGAACUUGAAAGAACUGAAAAAAGAAUAUCAACUUCAAAAGCUGUCAAACAAGUCCUAGUCAUUCCAAACCUAGAUUUAUGUAAAAUAUACCUAUGUAUAUCACUUUAAUAUUUAUUAUUCAAUGACCUUGCAAACUUACACUGUUGUUAAUUUUUUUACCUUACCAUAAGAAUAAAAUUCAUUAUAUAUUA